UCGAGCAGCCGCAGACACGCCAGGUGCGCAUCAACAGAGCUAUCGUCGCGGUCGACGAUCCCUAGCACAUGCUCAUAUUCGUCGUAGAUGUCUCCACGCCCGCGGCGUCUUUAGAGGCACACGGCAACGCCCCCAUCGGAUCCAUUCCCGGAGAGGCGCCCCCCUCCAGUCGUUCUCUUACCGGCAGCGCCCUCCUUUCAUCCACACCGUCCUUUGGCACCAAAGUCUCUGAGCCGCGGAAAGUCAGUACGCCAAACUUUCGCGACUUCUCUCCGGACGACGACCCGCUUUCCCGCCGUUCGUUUGUUUCUGCACACGCCGCUCUCCAUCAGGCAAUGAUGGACACCGCGUUCAAUGACGAUGCUACGUCCAACGCAGAGGCGUUCUCUGACGUCGCGUCCGAAGACAUCCUGCCUGCACCAGACGAUAGCGUCUCCAACUUCGACGCGGCAUUACACGGUCGCUUCUCAACCUCGGGCAUCGUUCACUUGGCGCCUGUCCACUCAGGGUCUAAUCCAUCUGCGCCCUCGACCAUCUCCGCACAGUCCUCGCGCGGGCGCACGAGCCGCGACUCCGUGGACGGCUCGGAUUGCUCGGCGAUACACACGCCGCUGGGCGAGGAGGAGCUCGUGGAGGUGCCCUCCGUCCAGGAGCCGGACGCAACUUCCUCAGGGUUGAAGGCCGAAGACGCGAGCUUGUCGAGCAGUAACGGUGACAGUGGAGAGGGGCCACAUAUUGCGUUCAAGUACGCGCACAUGGAGGAUGAGCACGGACACCAUCUCAUUGUCGGGAGGGAGGGAAAGCUAGCUAAGUGUGAGGACGAGCCGAUCCGUACACCUGGUGCUGUCCAAGGCUAUGGUAUUCUCAUCGCGGUGGAGGAGGAUGAGGAGACAGGCGAUCUUGUCGUGCGCCAGGUGUCAGAAAACUCGACAGAGCUGCUCGGGCUUUCACCGCAGCACCUCUUCUCCCUCGAGUGCUUCUCGCAGACCCUACCCGACCAACAGGCGGACGUGCUUUUCGACAAUAUCCAGUAUCUGAACGACACCGCGCUCACACCCGAGGAGCAAGCCGAGAACCUACACGUCUUCAUGUUGAGCGGCUGGGGCGAACCGGGCACCGUAGUCACAGAAGCCUUCUCGAAAGACCCCCAAAGGCGGCGCAGCUGGACCUGCUGGGUUGCAGCGCACCGGCCACAGAUGACGGCCCCGGCGAACGUGGAGACGAAGUCGGAUGGUACGUCCUCGAAGACGGAUAGCAACAUCAUCAUCCUGGAGUUCGAGCUCGAGCGCGACACGUUCAACCCGCUGUACCCGCCCCUCCCUACCGACGACACGUCGUCGAUGUACUCGGGCGUGUCCUCGCCCUCGGAGGGCACCGCAGCCAGCUCGAACUCCCCGAGCAACUCUGCAACAGAUAGCUCCGGCCGGACCUUGGUAUCCUCCGGCAGCUCGCAGGAUCAGCUGGCGAGCACACUGGAGGAGUCGCCUGGCCUGGCGUCAACGCCAAGCCUCGUGAGCAGCGGGAGCGACCUAGUUCCUCGUCAGACGGACAGCUCGCCUGCGCGCUCGGGGACGGGUGGAACAUCCGCCUUCGAUACCAACGCUGAGGAUGACUGGAUGCCCAGCCCGGAAGAUAUCCUGGAGAGCACGACGAGCCGAUCGAAGCCUCUGCUGGCGCUUGAGCGCCUUCGGCGUACACGACGCGUUGUGGGUGACUCUUCUGCGUCCGGCAGCACCAGUACGUUUGGGUCAUCGAGCUCUGGCUCUCCCAACGGGAACGCGGCACGGGAGUCACUGCGGCGGGGCCCGUCUCGCCGCCGCAGAGGCACGGGGGCUGUAGGGAUGAUGGACGUGUUUGCGGUCAUGGCGCAGAUCAACGAGCAGCUCGGAGCAGCGCCAGAUCUGGAUACGUUCAUGAAGGUCGUGGUGGGUGUCAUCAAGGACCUGACGCAGUUCCACCGGGUGCUGGUGUACCAGUUCGAUGAGCUGUGGAACGGGCAGGUCGUUGCCGAGCUUGUGGACUGGAAGCAGACGCACGACCUGUUCAGAGGGCUGCACUUUCCGGCUACGGACAUCCCCGCGCAGGCGAGGCAUCUGUAUGCGCUCAGUAGGUCUCCUUCGCCGGUCUCUUGGUCAUGGUUUCUUAGAUUGUGUGCAGAUAAAGUACGGCUGUUGUAUGAUCGCGCUGCCCCGACGGCGCGGUUGGUUGUCAGGAGUAAGAGAGACCUUGAAACGCCACUGGACAUGACCCACUGUUAUCUUCGCGCCAUGAGUCCGAUCCAUUUGAAAUACCUCGAGAACAUGCAAGUCCGCGCGUCCAUGUCCGUUUCCAUCAUUGCUUUCGGUCAACUGUGGGGUCUCGUCGCAUGCCACUCCUACGGGAAUCACGGGAUGCGUGUCUCUUUCCCUGUGCGGCAGAUGCUUCGCCUACUCAGUCAGUCGAUAUCCCGCAAUGUGGAGCGGCUCAGCUACGCUCAGCGCUUGCAUACUCGGAAACUGAUCAAUACGAUGCCUAGCGAGCAACACCCGUCAGGCUACAUCGUCUCGAACGCGGAUGACCUCCUUGGUUUGUUUGACGCUGACUAUGGUGUGCUCGUCAUUGGCGAAGGCGCCAAGAUCCUAGGCCCGAACCAGCACGGUCAGGAGAUCCUGAUUGUCGCGGAAUACCUCCGGCUCAAACAGUUCGACACAAUCCAGGUGUCACAAGCGGUGACCCAGGAUUACCCCGAUCUCCACCUCAAUACCGGGCUCGAGGUCAUCGCCGGUCUCCUGUAUGUGCCAUUGUCAACUGGUGGGCGGGACUUCAUCGCGUUCCUGCGCAAAGGUCAGCCUCGCGAGGUGCGCUGGGCAGGGCGGCCGUACAAGGAUGGGGAGUCGCGCAGUGUGCUCGAGCCCCGGGCGUCGUUCCGCUUGUGGUCGGAGAUUGUGGCUGGCCGUUGUCGUGCAUGGUCGGAUGAGCAUCUAGAGACGGCUGGUGUGCUCGCACUUGUCUAUGGCAAGUUUAUUGAAGUCUGGAGGCAAAAGGAGAGCGCGUUGCAGACGACGAAACUCACGAAUCUGUUGUUAUCGAACGCUAGUCAUGAAGUACGGACACCAUUGAAUCAUAUCAUAAAUUAUUUGGAGAUGGCUCUUAAUGGACCACUGGAUAUCGAGACACGUGAAAACCUUAGUCAAUCGCAUGCUGCAUCAAAAAGCUUAUUAUUCACGAUCAAUGACCUGCUGGAUCUUACACGCCUCGAGAGCGGCCACGAAACAUCUUUCUACGAAGUCUUUGAUUUGCAUCGUGCUAUCGAAGACGCAGUCGUCCUAUACAGGAACGAAGCGUUCCGCAGAGGGUUGUUCUUCUCUGUAGACCUGUCUAAUUCCCCGAGACUAGUGGUCGGCGACUCUCGCAAGAUCCGGACGGUCGUGGCCAACCUCACUGCGAACGCUUUGAAAUACACGGACCGCGGAGGCAUCUCCGUGGAGUGUCAUGCAUAUGAGGAGCCAGCAGGACUCCGCGAUGCUCACAAUGUCGCUGUCGAGAUCAUCGUCUCAGACACCGGGUGCGGCAUUACGGGAGAGAAGCUGGAAUGCAUCUUCCGAGAGUUCGAGCAGGUAGAGAGUGCGCCGCCUCGAGCUCCCACUCAGGGCCUCGGAUUGGGACUGGCUAUUGUCGCUCGCAUAGUGGAGCAACUCGGCGGUCAACUUCGAGUGGACUCACGGACCGGGGAAGGGAGUCGCUUCUCCUUUCUUAUUCCGUUCACCACGGAUACCGACAACAGCAUCACCCCUCAAGACUCACGAUCCCCUUCAUCGCGUUCCAUGAACUCUGCGGAUGACACUCGAGGAAACGAGAUGGAUAACCUGGUGCAGGCGCUCUCGAACCACCACCUCAGUCAGAGUCAGAGGAUGUACUCCGAAAGCGUGACGCCCGCGGAUUCCGAGAUCUCCAGGUUAGACGUAGGGCGAAAUAGGGCUGAGAGUACCGAACCGGAGCCGAGGUUGCUCACCCCGGAAGGAGAAUCGAAUGUCGUCCGCCGGAAGUCAAGUCGGGCACACGUGACUCCUUCGAAAGUCUCCUCUCGGCCGCGCUCGGGUCCACGGUCAUCUACAUCUCGCAGUAAUCGUUCAGAUGGCGAAUUCACUACUAAGCUGCGUUUGCUGAUCGUUGAGGACAACGACAUUAACCGGAUGAUUCUUGCCAAACGGCUGUCGCUGGAUGGUCACAACGUUGUCAACACCACCAACGGCCAGGAAGGCCUUGACAUGCUAGAGGCGGACUUCGAGUUCGAUGCGGUCCUCAUGGAUAUUCAGAUGCCUCUAUUGAACGGGUUCGAAGCUACGGAGCGCAUCCGCGGGCUGGAGGCAUCGAGAGCGAACCAUUUCCACCGGUCUUCACAUAAGCUCAACGGUCGAAUACCCAUAUUCGCAGUGUCCGCUUCGUUGUUCGAGGACCAGCAGGAGGAACUCUUCAAGCUUGGGUUUGACGGGUGGAUAUUGAAGCCAAUCGACUUCAAGCGCUUGAGGGUCAUCCUCCGCGGUGUCGUCGAUACCGUGCAGCGAGCCAAGGACGUUUAUCAGCCACAUAACUGGGAAGUCGGGGGCUGGCUGAGGAAACUUGACAAAGUCCUUGAGGACGACGUGUCAGUGUAACUGCGAGUAUUCGAAUUCGCUUGGUUUGUAGUCGUAUCUUAUUGUGUCCAUAUCAUAUUCCACAAGACAACCACGGUCCCCUGCAUCAACAAUCACAUUCCACACUGUAUUAGUAUUCAUUCCUCGCACUUUGUAGCCAUACGCAGAAAUAUACGAGUGCCUGCGAUCCAUGGUUCGUCUAAUCCCUCUAUUGUAUUGGCCAGUUGGGACCGCGCAGGUGCGAUUGGUGUCUAUGUCAUGACGGUCUACAUACGUGUAUUCGAUAUCAUAUACCAGCUACACUUCGGAUACAGUUUCUGGAUUCGGAUACUCGUACGAAGCACUUCGACCAUGGAAGAUCCGCCCGCGCUCAACGCACAAAGACAGUAUACAUAAGAGAAUGCACGACGAACCCGUGAUAGAUUACAGAUUGGAUACAGAAGCUCGCGACUCUAUCAGUGAGAACCUGUAGCAUCACUAGCCAUGGCAUACAACGUCUCCUUGUCGCCGCUCUCG